AUGUCAGACUACCAAGAAUACAAUGCAGAAAUAGUAUUAACAGGAACCCUGCCUAGUCCAAGCGAUAACAAGAAUGUUGGGGCAGUGCUUUCAAACUCACAGCUACGUACACUAUCAGUGGCGAGACUAGUGCUCUACAGGGAAUUCUUCAAGGUUCUCCUGGUUGAUGAGCCUCCAGAGGAGGAAUCAGGGGCGUCUAAAACUGCCGACGUCCCAAUAUAUGAUUUAAUCAAGACACACUUCCAGCAUUGUACAACAUUUAUUGCGGCACAUGAUGUUGACGUUUUGCGUCUCUGCACUUCAGUUUGGGUCUUCCAUAGCGGCUUCCUUAUUAGGACCUGCAAAACUGAGGAUAUUGUAGACAGUAGUUCACUAUCAAAAAUUGUAGAAGACUGCGUUACCACACACACUUAA